GGUUCAAACUUUACAUUCGAAAAAGAAAAUGGCAGCCUCCAUACUGCAGGGUCGUUUUUCGAGAGCAUUUACUGUUUGUGGCACAAGAAAUGGAUUUACACAACUUUCUUACAGUUUUGCAAGCAAUUACACGCUUGAUAAUUACGAUGAACUAGAAGAAAAUGUCGAGGAAACCAUAAAAGACAUUCGCGACGUUAGUCGUUUACCAGAGAGGUUGAAGGUUAAACUAAAAAAGAAUACACUGAAUGCCAUACCGGCACCUGAAUAUAUCCCAUCACACAUGACAGGGAAACCCAAAGACAUUCGACGAUUUCAGAGGAAAACUUUUGCAAAAUAUGGUCGUAGAUACAAAAUAAAUCCUGGAAGUUUGUGGCCAACAGAGGAGGAUUUGGCGAAAGAAAAACUGAGAGACAGUUAUUUUGACCCUCCAUUAGAGGAAAGUUUAGAAAAAAUUCGAUUAUCCAAGGAAGAAAAAGAAGAGACAAGACGCAAAAGGUAAACAAUUCAAUUCAUUAUCUG